GGGAACAGCGAGCCCGAGAAAACCAUACACGGUUUAGACCCGACCGCGGGUGUAUUGGCCAAAUAUUCACCCUGCAUCAGGUCCUGGAACAUAGGCACACUUACCGAUGCCUGACACUAGCUGUAUUUCUCGACCUGAAGGUGGUGGUAUUCGACUCCGUUGGUCGAGAAGUUUUAUGGCAAUGUCUCUCACUGAAAGAUGUGUCGAGUAAGUACACCACCUUAUUGAAGGUUUCUACUCGAACACUUGCGGGCAUGCUAGAGCCUAUGGUGAGAUGUCCAGGUAGCUGUACUCGUCGAGCGGUGUCCUUCAAGGGUGCCCAUUGUCUCUAUUCUUAUUCAAUUUUGUCAUAGAUAUUUUUAUAGAGGUCUGUCUCCCUCUCAUCACCUGACUACACAGAGUUUGACCUAAUCGCAGGAGAAUUUUCGUUAGACCUAGAAUAUGCAGAUGACAUAGUCCUGUUUGGUGAAGACUCUGACAAGAUGCAGAAUCUUCUGGACACUGAGUGGCAAUUUGAGAAUGUUUGGGAUGCGUUUCUCGCCACCCAAAUGCAAAUUGUUGCUCCAGGAUUGGUCUUCAACGGUGCCAUGGCUAACAACAGAGUGUAGUGAUUGAGUGUGUCUACCACUUCACUUACCUGGGAAGUAGGACCAGCCCAGCCCUUGUGGCUCAGUGGUCGAUGAAAUUUCUGCACGAAUACAAAAGGCUUGAUUGACUUUCGCCAACUUACGCCACCUGUGGCGCCGCCGUGAUAUCCGAUUGUCUAUUAAGGGUCGCAUGUACUGCACAGCAAUCCGGUCUGUUCUACUGUAUGACUGUGAAACAUGGCCAUUGAAGGUGGAGAAAGACAUGAGAAGGCUUCAGGUGUUUGACCACUGUUGCCUUCGUAGUAUAGGCCGUAUUCGGUGGUGUCAUCAGGUGAGUGACGCAGAAGUCAGGAGUAGAGUUUUAGGGAGAAGAGGUGAGUCAGCUGACGAGGUUGUGUACCUUCGUCGACUGAGAUGGUUGGGGAUGUGUUACGUAUGCCUAGUCGCCGAUUACCUCAUCACACAAUGUUGGUUGAAGUAGUUUCAGGCUGGAAAAAGGCCCGAGGUGGUCAGUCUAAAACACGACUUCGACGUAUGAAGUGUUUGACUGUUGGUUUGAGCCGUGUAUGAGGGGUGAUGCAGACUGGGUGAUUGGGGUCCGCGGGACAAGGAAAGUCAGUGGUUGGAGACUCUAGGUGAUGACAUGGCUGAGAACCGAUGUCAUUGGCGCAGAUGUAUACAUACGUUUUCUUCAUCUUAAUGAAGCUGUACCGAAUCUCACCAGUUUUCUCAUUCUUCCUUUCUCUCUUUUCGUACUUUAUAUUUCUUCUGACUGCAUCCCCUUAUCUUCCAUUUGCGCCUCACUGCCUUUUUACUUCAUGUACUGAUAUGAGCUGUGGCAAUUCGGACCGUUACGCAGUAAUCCCUGGUCCUAGGUUGAUCUGGAUGGAUGGAUGAUAGAUCUAUCAGUUAUUUCCAGUCAGCGGUAGAAACUAUGGCAGUAUCUUUGUUGCCGUCUGCCUACCAAUUCUUGUUUCAGUUUAUUUUCAAACUGUUACUCCUAUGAAUAUGUUCUGAAGACAGAUGACUAGUCUGAUAUUAUUUCAUACAAACAUGCAGGGAAUUGUUGCUGGUUUUCUGAUAAGUGCAUUGCUCAUAAGUAGUUUUUAAUCUAUAUUACAAUAUUAGUUCCGUAUUUUUGUGUUUAGGUCUUCUAAUGUAUUUGGUAUUUUCCUUUUUUUCUCUUGUUACUUUAAAUAGCGUGUGCAUUGGCCGAUAUUGCCAUGAAACCUUCUUCUCCACGUAACUCUCAGUUUUCUAAUCCCGUCCCUUCAUCAGUUGUCGUAGAUACAACUGGUCAAAGUGUCAGCCUGGCACAAAGUGCGCAAAACGCUUCUGAUACAUGGACAUCGAGAAGCGGAUAUACUGGUAACUCACCAGAACAAUUAAAGCAACGGGCCGCACUGAAAUGGAUAAAAACAUUUGUUGAACUAGACCCACACCAUAUGCUUCCGUAUGCAUCAGGUAUUAUUGGUGCUGUUCUCCCUUGUUUUAUGCUUUGUGGGCCUUCUGAUGCUAUAGAAGAGAGACGAGUUGCUCUUGAAACGGCUGUUUGCAUAAACGAAACUCUUUUGAAAGCUGUUAGAUUGUUCAAUGCGUUUGAAGUGGGUAGUUUGGAUGCUCAUGAGUCAAAGAUUUUCGAUUCAGAUGAUUCUCACAGAGAUCCUCGUAAUUCCAGAAAGCAAAUGGAAAGUGUAAUGAGAUUUUCACAGGUUGAAAAUCUGACCAGGCAAAUUUCAGAAUUCUCUGUUAACACUUCACUUCAUUCUCAAUUUGGUGAAUCAAAUGGACCGCAAAUAUUGUGCACAGAUGCUAUUUUAGAGGUUACCUUCCAACUUCUCAAUAAUUCGAGCUUGUUAACUCGUUUAGCAGCACUACGUUGGAUCACUGUGCUUGUAGAAGUUUGUUCAACUGAAGUAUUUUCACAUGUUGAUCGUCUUCUACCUGAGAUGCUCAAACUAGUUUCUGAUCCUGCUGAUGAAAUGGUGCAUUCUACCAUUUGGUUGAUUGGAAAACUUGGUCAGCAUACAACUGUUGCUAGUAAUAAUUAUCAAAGUAAAGAGUUUGUUAUUGUACCUCAAGAACUUCUGAAAUUACUGCAAGAGCCAGUUGCAGGAAAUCUACAAUCAAAAAAUCAAAUGGCCGGUAUUUCUGUGGAUACACCACCACAGGUGUUAUCAUCAUCUACUCCAAACAAGUUCUGUUUACGGUUUCUCUUAGAUCUGAUUGAUUUGUUCAACAAGGAUUCAGAUUUGUUACGAAAGCGUGGAGAUAUGAUUAUCACAGACCUCUGUCAAGUUCUCGGAGCCGAUGUAGUUUAUUCCACCGUUUCCACAAUUAUAUCAUAUAUCAAACCAUUGGAAUCUGCAUUUGUACUGGUGCAAGCAUUAAAUAGGAUUCUUUUAACUCAGCCGGUGUUACAUAAUUUCCGUGGGCAGUUACGUACAAUUAAUACGAAGGCCCAAUGUCAGCUGUUCGAAAAACUUUAUCGUGCUUGGUGUUAUAAUCCAGUCUCACUAUUAUCAUUAUGCAUGCUUACUGAAAAUUAUAAACAUUGUAGUCGUUUGGUGAAAUCAUUUGGAAAUAUUGUUAUUACCGUUGAAAUUUUGUGCGAUAUGGACCAAUUAAUUCAGAUGAUUGAAUCACCAAUAUUUGCUAGUCUUCGAAUGCAUAUGCUUGACAAACGAUUCAGUGCAGAUCUUCGAGAAACUCUAUACUGCCUACUUAUGUGUCUCCCACAAACAGAUGCAUUUCAGGCACUUUGGCGACGUUUACAAUGUUUACCCCCUGUGGAGUGUAUUUCAAAUAACUCAGCGCAUAGUCUGGAGCGUCGUCAAUCUGCGCAGAAUAUAAUCGAUGUACAUAUUAACUUUGAUGAAUUAUUUGAUCAUUUCCAUUUGAUUCAGAAACAGUCCGAUGAGUAUCGUUUAUUGAAACUAAUAAGUCAUAGUAGAGAGGAUGGACGAACACAAAAUUACCCUGGUCAUACACUAUCUGCGGAUAACCGUUCAGGUAAUAUUGUCCUUGGAAGUGAUCAGAUCAAAUCAGGUGUUUGUAAUGAAAAAUCUGCAGAUGACAUCGGUUUAUCAGAGAGUCAGUAUAAAAUUCAUAGUAAACCAACAAAUACAGUUUGUUCGGCUAAUGAAUACCUCACUGAGAGUUUUGCCAGUCUUGGUAUAAAUAUUGACUAUGGCGUCCCGCUGAACAAUACAGAAUAACUGCUUUAAAAAAACUUUUGCACUGUUGGCAUUUCCAAGGAUGAAGGAUGUUAAUAAAUAAUUACGUUUGUGUAUAAAUGCAUGUUGAAUUGUUCACAGUUUAUUUUUCUAACGCUUUUAUGAUUUCAUGAUGAGUGAUUUCAAAUAUGACUUUUCUACAGCCACUUCUGUUACUUUCAUUAUUGAUGAAUUUUCUUUUCUGUAUUAUGAAUAUUGGGUUUUCUGUAAUCUUUUGUACCUGUCUAUCUGUCUAUUUACCUACCUGUUACCUGUGAUGAACAUAAAAUUUGGUUUCUCCUUAUUGUUUUAUUUUAAAAAAGUAAAUAUUUAGUUUAAAUAGAAUUUUAAAGGUUUAUCUCUUUAUCCAAGUGUAUACUUAAGAUAUACACUUUUUUAGUAUUGCUGGUCGCCGAUCGACCUAUUUUUGUCAAAGUUGACAUGAGUGUGUUUUUGAUUUCCACCUUAUUUUGUGCUAGAUGGUUUAAGUUGAACAAAUGUGCUAUAAUUCGGGAUUAAUAUGUUCAGAUAUCACCAGACAUUCAGAUGUGGUUGUCAUACCGAGUAAUUUCAGUUCGAAAGUGGGCAGGCUAAGCCGGGCAGAAAGGCACUUUAGGAAUCCCAGUCAAAUAAACGGAUAAUGGCUUCUGCCUGCUACAACUGUGCUAGGACAAAUAUUUCGUAACGAAUCUCGGCAUCCACUUUACUACAUUGAAUUUUUAGUAGAGGAGGAGACUAGUUAUGGAAUCUUCAUUCAUGGAAUCAAAUCUUCAAAUUCUAAUUCUUUAGGAGGAUGCUUCUAGAUAUUUCUCACCUACUGUUUAAGCAAUGAAAUUUCAAUUCUUACAUCAUCUAUCUUGUAUAGAUUUCGAGUUAGACUGUUUUUUCUGGGCAUUUCUUUCGGCUAUCACCUGUCUGUUGCUGAAAUUUGUAUUUCGAUAAACGUUUCUGUUUUUACUGAAAUCUAAUCCCUG